AUGGCUACCGACAAGGGACUCGAGGAUGUCCCCGAGGGACAGAUCGAGUCUAACUACGAUGAGACCGUCGACUCUUUCGACGAGAUGAACCUGAAGUCUGAGCUGCUUCGCGGUAUCUAUGCUUACGGUUUCGAGCGCCCGUCUGCAAUCCAGCAGCGGGCUAUUAUGCCUGUCAUCAAGGGACACGAUGUUAUUGCCCAGGCCCAGUCUGGUACGGGCAAGACUGCGACCUUCUCCAUCUCGGUUCUCCAGAAGAUCGACCCCAACGUCAAGCAGUGCCAGGCUCUCAUCCUUGCGCCGACCCGUGAGCUUGCUCAGCAGAUUCAGAAGGUCGUUGUCGCCAUCGGCGACUUCAUGAACGUUGAGUGCCACGCUUGCAUUGGUGGCACCAGCGUUCGUGAGGACAUGAAGGCCCUCCAGGAUGGCCCCCAGGUCGUCGUUGGCACGCCCGGCCGUGUCCAGGAUAUGAUUCAGCGCCGCUUCCUCAAGACCGAUGCCAUGAAGAUGUUUGUUCUUGAUGAGGCCGACGAGAUGCUUUCGCGUGGUUUCACCGAGCAAAUCUACGACAUCUUCCAGCUGCUGCCGCAGUCUACCCAGGUCGUUCUUCUUUCCGCCACAAUGCCCCAGGAUGUGCUCGAGGUCACCACCAAGUUCAUGCGCGACCCUGUCCGCAUCCUGGUCAAGAAGGACGAGCUUACCCUCGAGGGUAUCAAGCAAUUUUACAUUGCUGUCGAGAAGGAGGAGUGGAAGCUCGACACUCUGUCUGAUCUCUACGAGACCGUCACCAUUACCCAGGCCGUCAUUUUCUGCAACACUCGCCGCAAGGUCGACUGGCUGACUGAUAAGCUCACGGCCCGUGACUUUACGGUCUCUGCCAUGCACGGCGAUAUGGACCAGGCUCAGCGUGACCUGAUUAUGAAGGAGUUCCGGUCAGGCUCCUCGCGUGUCCUGAUUGCCACCGAUCUCCUCGCCCGUGGCAUCGACGUCCAACAGGUUUCCCUCGUUAUCAACUACGACCUUCCCGCCAACCGGGAGAACUACAUCCACCGCAUUGGUCGUGGCGGUCGGUUCGGUCGUAAGGGCGUCGCCAUCAACUUCGUUACUGCCGAGGAUGUGCGCAUGAUGCGCGAGAUCGAACAGUUCUACAGCACCCAGAUUGAGGAGAUGCCCAUGAAUGUGGCCGACCUGAUCUAA